AUGGCAUACAACUACGUAGCUACUGCGCAGAAACCCACGAGUGUCACCCACUCGCUCACUGCGUCGUUCACAGGAGCGAACGACACUAAUCUGCUAUUGGCUAAAAGCACGCGCUUUGAAGUGCACUUGUUGACGCCCGAGGGGCUCCAGCCCCAGCACGAUAUCAAUUUGUACGGUCGCAUUGCUAUUUUCGAGGUGUUUCGAGACGCACAGGAGUCCCAAGACUGGCUGUUUAUUGUUACCCAGCGCUUCCAGUUCUGCGUGCUGGCCUACGAUGCUCUGACACAGCAAAUAGUGACGAAAGCGCACGGCAGCAUUCGAGACUCGAUCGGCCGCAGUAGUGAGAUUGUUACAAGUGGAAACAUUGACCCGGAAGGGCGCCUCAUUGGUAUGAAUCUGUAUGAAGGCUACUUUAAGGUCAUCCCCAUUGACAGUGGCAAAGGCAUUCUCAAAGACACGUUUAACAUCCGUCUCGAUGAGCUGCGUGUCAUUGAUAUUAAGUUCUUGCAUGGGUACAACAAACCAACGAUCUGCGUCUUGUAUGAAGACUAUAAGGCUGCUCGACACUUGAAGACAUACCAUAUUUUACUCAAAGAGAAGGAUUUUGCGGAAGGACCAUGGAGUCAGGCAAAUGUCGAGUCGGGUGCGACGUUGCUUAUCCCCGUACCGGCUCCGACGGGCGGAGUGCUCAUUGUGUCCAAUCAGACGAUCGUGUACCAUAGUGGAAGUACGUUCCACGCCAUUCCAAUGCAAUCGACCGUCAUUCAAGUCUACGGCGCAGUAGAUAAAGAUGGAACAAGGUUUUUGCUGGCGGAUCAGUAUGGAACACUGUCGGUAGUGGCCUUGCAACUGACUGGAAAGGAGGUCAGCGGCGUGCAUUUGGAAGUGCUGGGAGAGACGAGCAUCGCGUCUUGCUUGUCAUACUUGGAUAACGGUGUUGUGUUCAUCGGAAGUACGUUCGGCGAUUCGCAGCUGAUUAAGCUCAAUGCAGACCGGGAUGAACACGGGUCUUACGUUGAAAUCCUGGAUACGUACGUCAAUGUCGGUCCGAUCAUCGAUUUCUGUGUUAUGGACCUCGAUCGACAAGGCCAGGGUCAAAUUGUUACUUGCAGUGGUGCUGACAAGGACGGAACGCUGCGUGUGAUUCGCAAUGGAAUCGGAAUUAGCGAGCAAGCAACUGCAGAACUUCCUGGUAUCAAAGGGAUGUGGUCGCUGCGCGAAACCUUCGCCGCAGAGUAUGACAAGUACUUACUGCAGAGUUACGUGAACGAGAUCCGUAUUCUUGCGAUCGGCGACGAGGACGAGAUGGAAGAGAAGGAAAUUCCGGCGUUCACUAACGUUAAGACUUUGCUUUGUCGCAAUAUGUAUGGCGACGUGUGGCUCCAAGUGACCGAGUCAGAAGUGCGACUCAUUGGCUGUAGUACAUUUUUGCUAAGCUCGACGUGGUCGCCGCCCCCGGAAUCGCGAAUUACUGUCGCUGCUGCUAAUCCCACCCAGGUUGCAGUUGCUACUUCGGGUGGUGUGCUUGUUUAUUUGGAGGUUGAGAACGGACAAUUAAGUGGAAAAAACAAGAUCAAGAUGGAGCACGAGAUUGCAUGCGUGGAUAUUUCUCCGCUUGCACGCAGGGAUGUAGGUGAGGGAGAUGCUUCCAUGACGAGCCCGUCGACUCACUGGGACAUGGCUGCUCUUCGCGGCUCGAUUUGUGUAGUUGGGCUAUGGACUGAUUUCUCGGUGUCCGUCUUGAAACUGCCAACCCUUGAGAAGCUGACUACUGAUUCGCUGGGGACUGACCUUCUUCCCCGAUCAGUGCUGUGCAACACAUUUGAAGGGAAGGAUUAUCUACUUGUUGGACUGGGCGAUGGUAGUCUUGUAAACUAUGAGCUAAAUGUCGAGCAGGGAAAGCUCGGAACACGAAAGCGGGUAUCACUAGGCUCACAGCCUCUCACACUAUCAACCUUUCGAUCAAAAAACAUGACGCAUGUGUUUGCAGCAUGCGAUCGCCCGACUGUCGUCUACUCUAACAACAACAAGCUGCUAUACUCCAAGGAAGUGAAUGUGAUGUGCCCGUUCGAUUCGGAAUCCUUUCCGGAAUGUCUUGCACUGUCCUCGGAAGAAGGACUGAUGAUCGGUAUGGUCGAUGAUAUCCAGAAGCUGCAUAUCCAGACUUUCCAUCUCAACGAGUGGGCCCGCCGAAUCGCCCACAACGCAGAGUCACACACACUUGGGGUGCUCACCGUGAAUUUCACGAUCGACGGCACCGGCGAAGAGGUCGACCAGGGGUUUGUACGCUUAUUUGACGACCAGACUUUCGAGGUUCUCCAUUCGUACCGGCUCGAUCCGUUCGAGACACCAUGUUCAGUUGUCGUUUGUCCUUUCGCAGGUGAUUCCACGAACACGUCGUACUUUGUAGUUGGAACCGCUUAUGUGCACGAAGAAGAAGCUGAGCCGCAUCAAGGUCGUAUCUUGGUAUUUGCUGUAACGGGCAUUCAUGGAGAGCGGAAACUGCAGUUGGUUGCUGAAAAGGAAGUGAAAGGCGCGGUUUACUGCCUCAAUGCCUUCAAUGGCAAGGUCCUGGCAGGUGUUAACAGCAAGGCGCAACUGUACAAGUGGAGUGAAAACACCGAUAGCGAGAAGGAGUUGGUCUCGGAAUGCGGUCACUACGGUCACACAUUGGUGCUUUACAUGGAGUCGCGGGGUGAUUUUAUCGUGGUUGGCGAUUUGAUGAAAUCGAUUUCCUUGUUGAGCUACAAGCAGCUCGAUGGUACCAUCGAGGAGAUCGCAAGGGACCUGAACUCAAACUGGAUGUCCGCCGUGGGCAUUAUCGAUGACGAUACGUACAUCGGCAGCGAGACGGAUUUCAAUUUGUUUGUUGUGCAACGUGACAGUGGCGCGGCGUCAGAUGAAGAGCGCGGGCGCUUGGAGACGGUCGGGGAGUUCCACUUGGGCGAGUUCGUAAAUCGCUUCAGAUACGGAUCGCUGGUCAUGCAAAACAACGCCGCGUCGAUUCAAACUCUUGCUAGCAGCGAUUUUACCGGCCGUUCUGAUAUGGGUGACGUGGGUGAGUCAGCUCCUGUAGUCUUGGCUGCUCAAAGUCCAUCCAUGCUUUUCGGAACUGUCAGCGGCAUGAUCGGCGUAGUCUUGCCGAUCAGUAAAGAUCAGUACACUUUCCUGCUUCGCGUUCAGCAAGCGCUUACGCAGGUCGUGAAGGGCGUUGGUGGCUUUUCUCACAAGGAUUGGCGCACAUUUGAAAAUCGACGAUCAGUGUCCGAAGCCCGAAACUUCAUUGAUGGAGAUUUGGUGGAAAGCUUUUUGGAUUUGCCGAAGCCUCAGAUGGCCAAGGUGGUGGACAAGCUGAACAACGAGGGGAUGCUGGACGGGACGAAUCAAAUUACUGUCGAAGAUUUAUCGUUGCGGAUUGAAGAGCUCGCGCAGCUGCACUGA